ACAAAAACUAGUACUAGUGACUUGCAAAUCAAAAUCUCUAUCUUGUCUACUUAGUUUCCUGUUCUUCCUCCAUCCUUACUCUUCUCAGCCAAACCCCCCCCCCCAAAAAAAAAAAAAAAAAAAGGACUUAGCAUUUCUUCCUUCUUCAAAGAAAUGGCACUAAGCAAUAAUGUUAUUGGUUGCAUAAACUUUGUUGCAAUGCUUCUUUCAAUCCCCAUCAUCGGUGCUGGAAUCUGGCUAGCAACAGAACCAGACAAUUCCUGUGUAAAACUUCUUCAAUGGCCAGUGAUUAUCUUGGGAGUUCUGAUUUUGAUUGUGGCUCUUGCGGGUUUUAUUGGAGGGUUUUGGAGGAUUCCAUGGCUUCUUAUUUUGUACCUCAUUGCUAUGCUCGUUCUCAUAGUUUUGCUUGCUUGUUUGGUGGUUUUUAUCUAUAUGGUUACCAUCAGAGGCUCUGGCCGGCCUGCAACAAACCGAGCUUAUUUGGAAUAUCAUCUUGAUGACUUCUCCGGAUGGCUUCGAAGAAGAGUUCAAAGCUCUUAUAAAUGGGACAGAAUAAGAAGUUGCCUUAGCUCUUCUAGCAUGUGUGCUGAGUUGAACCAAAGUUAUCGUAUGCCUCAAGAUUUCUUCAAUGCACAUCUUAGUCCCUUACAGUCAGGCUGCUGUAAACCUCCAACACAAUGCGGCUACACAUUUGUGAACCCAACAUACUGGAUUAGUCCAAUAGACACAGCAGCAGACAUGGAUUGCCUUCAAUGGAGCAAUGAGCAAACACAACUUUGCUACUCAUGCGAUUCAUGCAAAGCAGGAUUAUUGGCUAAUCUCAAGAAAGAAUGGAGAAGAGCAGACAUUAUAUUAUUAAUCACACUUGUGGGCUUGAUUUGGGUUUAUUUAAUUGGAUGUUGUGCUUUUAGGAAUGCCAAGACUGAGGACCUGUUUCGCAAAUACAAGCAAGGUUAUACAUAAAAGUGAGAUUUGCGAUAGGGUUUAGUGGGGUAUUUGUUCCUAAUUUCUAGCAGUACUAUUUGGCUUUUAUCUUUUGCUGAUGAAUCAUGGAUUUGUGUAUUCGAGAAGAACUUUGGGAUUGAUGUACUGAGGUAAUGUCAAAAAGUAAUGAAUGGUAUGGUCAAAUCCAAGAAGACUAACGUGAUUUGUGGA